AAUACAAAUACAAUCCCCCAAUUGCUUUAACUCUCAACGUCAAUUUCAGAUCCCUUCCAUACGUCUCUAAUAUACGUUCUCUAAUCUCUACAUCAGGCUUCGACAAUGUCAGGACGUGGAAAAGGAGGUAAAGGGUUGGGGAAAGGAGGAGCAAAGCGUCAUAGGAAGGUUUUGAGGGAUAACAUUCAAGGAAUUACGAAGCCGGCUAUUCGCCGACUGGCUCGUAGAGGUGGAGUUAAGCGAAUUAGUGGUUUGAUCUAUGAAGAAACUAGAGGUGUUUUGAAGAUCUUCCUCGAGAAUGUGAUUCGUGAUGCUGUGACUUACACAGAGCACGCUAGGAGGAAGACGGUGACCGCCAUGGAUGUGGUUUAUGCUCUGAAAAGGCAGGGAAGGACCUUGUAUGGAUUCGGUGGUUAGGUUUUUUAUCGAUUGAUUUGGAUCUUUGCUUUAGAUCUGUCAUCUCUUUACUUGAAGUGUUUAGUUUUAGGAUUUUAUGUAACUUUACUCUCUUUUGUUCAGAAAUAUUAAAGCUGUUUUGAUUGUA